AUGUCGGUGGACGCCCCCGUCCCUACGCUGCGUCCGGAGGAGCGGGCAGGCCUCCUGGCGCUGCUCGCAUCCGCUGCGCGCCCGCUGGCCGACGUUGUAGCCGACUUCCUCGCGCGCUUCCCCCGCGAGCGCCGCCUCCGCGUCGGCGCUACGCUCUGCUUCCUCCUAGAGGACAAGAAAAUGCUUCAUGCAACCGGUCGUCUAAUCGCAUUUGCAAUUCUUCAUCAGAGCUAUUCCUCACAGCCAGUAAAUCCCUAUGUUCCUCUGCUGUUAAAUGCAGCUUGUGAUGAAUCAUCAGAUAAAUCAGAACAAGCAUUUGUCCAACUUUUGUUGACUUCGGCCAGCGGAGACAAUAACAAUGAGGUGCUGCAAAAGUCAGCUGUAGAUUACGUAAAUGGGCCUGUUUCUGCAUCACAGGCCUUAUUGCCACGGGAACACCUUGAGAAGCAAUUCUGCAGGAGUAUUGUACAGCCUCAGCCUCAAGUUAGUAGUUUCAGAAGCGCUACUGUUAGAUGUGCUAUACCAGAUCCAGAUAUACCUCAGAGUUGUGCCAAUUCAUCAGAGAUAUCAGCGCCUGGAAGCAAACAAAAAUCUACUUCCGAUGAUAGAGAUUCUGCUCUUGUUGCUUUACUCCAAGAAAAAUCAUGGGGAAGACUGGGUCCCCAAUGGAUACGGCCGAACCCCCCAAGACUUCAUAUACUUGAUGGGGAGCUACAGUGGCUGAAUCCUGACAACAAUCAUGAGCUAUUAUGGGAUUAUAGCAUGUGUGCUGAAACGAGUCGUGGGGCUGCGAUCCGUGAUUUGAUUGCCAGAGCCUUAAAAGGUCCACUUGUACCUGCUCAACAGGAGCAAGUUGUUAUAGAAUUGGUGAAGGACUCUAAGCUAGUCUAUCACUGUGGGAUGACUCCACAGAAACUUCCAGACCUUGUUGAGCAUAAUCCACUCAUUGCUGUAGAGCUUCUUUCGAAGCUUAUGAACUCUCCUGACAUUGCAGGUUAUUUUGAUGUUCUUGUGCACAUGGAGAUGAGCCUGCAUUCGAUGGAAGUUGUAAACAGACUUACUACUGCGGUUGAACUCCCGACAGGAUUUGUCCACGAAUACAUCUCAAAUUGUAUUCAAUCUUGUCAAAACAUUAAGGAUAAGUACAUGCAGAACAGACUGGUGAGAUUGGUUUGUGUUUUCCUCCAGAGCCUCAUCCGAAAUCAGAUUAUUAACGUUCAAGAUCUUUUCAUUGAGGUACAGGCGUUCUGCAUAGAGUUCUCACGAAUAAGGGAAGCGGCUGGCUUAUUCCGUCUGCUCAAAUCUUUGGAGUUUCUGGUUCGUCGUAGUUGUCUGGCCACUGUGGGUGUUCAAGAUCAGAUGAUGUGUGUCAAUUCUUGCAAAAUCUGUGGCACCCUCGCUACGACAAUGCACACCCUUGUAAGAGUCGAUAAAAAGGGUCGCCAAUAG